AUGUUCAGACCUAUUAAUUUCAGUGAAGGAGAGAUUUGUGAUGAGCAAAGGUGAGACUUUCAAACUGAACUUUCUUUUGUUGUGUGUGAAACUUUUCAUCCUAACUGUGGUCAGUGUUUUUUCAGUGAAGGUGAAGAUUUUUCAGGGUUUGUGUUUCUAUCAGGAUCCAACAGCAGUAAACAGGAUUUGAGCCAGAAAGAACUGGACUCUGCAUGUAUCAUCAUGUGUGUACUGUGUUUGUAGGAGGAUCCAGCAGUGUUUCUACCAGGAUCCACUAGAUAGACUAUGUCACAUGUAACCCUGCGUCUCCUUAUAUUAUAUCCACUACAUUAGAUUCUGUUUGUUCCACAGAGUUCAGCAGGAGAGAUCAGAGGUUCUCAUUGGUCAGUCUGCCCAGCAGCAUCAAACACAGCUGGACUCCAUAUUUAUGGUACGUGUAAAUGUACAAACACAGCUCCUACUGAUCAUCAGAGCAGACAAUCAGUAUAUUUGGAGGUUUCUGGAUUGUUUCCUAAUGACACUGUAAACAUCAUCUCUGCCUGAAUUAUCUUCACACUCAAGGUUUGACUGAUUGAAUGAAGCCUUACAUUUAUGACCUGCACAGUCAGAGGUCAGAGGUCAUGGUGGUCUGACACAGACUCAGAUUUUGGCAGCAGAGAGCAGAGUUCACAAACUGAGUCCAGUUUGAGGUUAAAAGAACAGGAAGACUUUGGUUGAUUCUAAUAAACACAUCACCUCUAAGUCCCUGCAGACUUUUUCUCCAUGAAACCACACCAGGAGAUUUCUCCAAUAUGAAGUUCAGUUCACACAAACUGGAUUUAUAGAAGACAGGACCAUCUACAAAGUCAAUCCUGAAGCAGCAUUGUGAUCCAGUCUCUGAGCUGCACUUUGCAGACCAGCGGGCUUUCUGUCUGUCACAGAUGAUCUGAUGUUCAGUUCUACAAAUUCAAGUUUACAUUUUGUUCUGUUCCAGCUGCUCCAGGAGAACAUGAUCAGCUUUGUAAAGAGGCAGCUGAAGGAGAUCCAGAGAGUUCUGAGUCCAGAUGAGCCAGCAUGCUUAGAGAGUCAGAGGGAGGAUGAGGAUGAAGAGCAGAUGAGGAGCAGAGAGGCAUUUCUGAAGAUCACUCUGCACUUCCUGAGGAGAAUGAGGCAGGAGGAGCUGGCUGACUGUCUGCAGAGCAGUAAGAGGAUUUGA